AUGCCGUCGCUCUUCAACAGCUGCUUCGGGCGGAAAGAGGACCCACAGUCCGAGCUCCUGUCCUCCACAGACGGAUACAGCGGAUCGAUGCCACCAGCAGGCAAACGCAAGGUCGACGACGUCAACCCGGCCAAAUGUAUCUUCUGCAACGUCUCACGCGAUCGCUUCAACAUCGUGCUCGAGGACGACAAGUACAUCUGCUUCAGCGAUCGCUCCCCGGCCGCUGCGGUUCACCUCCUCGUCAUCCCACGCACGCACAUUGCCAAUGUGCAGAGCCUCACAUCACGGGACACCCAACUCGUUCGAGAGAUGCAAGCAGUAGGAAACAAGGCCCUAGACAGACUUGCAGACGGAUCCAGUCCUACGGAGCGAAGAUUUGGAUUCCACAUCCCUCCAUUCCGCAGCGUCGAUCAUCUACAUUUGCACUGCCUCCAGUUGCCAUUCAGAAGCUCUCUGAAGAGCCUCAAAUACCGCAUCGCCAAGCCUUCGAGUCCGGACUACUACAAAGGCUGGUCAUGGUUUGCCGAGUGGAAGCAAACGUGUGCUUUGCUGGAUGCAGGGCGCAAAGUCAAGGUCUCCAGCUGCUAG